UUAGCUGCGGGUCUGGUGGCUAAGGAGAACAUACUGGGCACACCAAGCUGCCUGGGAAUCACCCUGGUGUCUGCACUGGAAUUGGCAUUUCUCGUCAUGCGGCCUAGGAACCCACUGAGCAGUGGCAGCCAGCCGUGAAUUCGUGUUAAAUUUGAGGUUGCAGACCGACGGAUUUGCUUUGGGAACCAGCGUAGCUGCCGCCACCAGAAUCUGGAGCCAUGAGCGGGUUUAAUUUUGGAGGCACUGGGGCCCCCACAGGCGGGUUCACAUUUGGCGCUGCAAAGACGGCGACAACCACACCUGCUACUGGGUUUUCUUUCUCUACAUCUGGCACUGGUGGGUUUAAUUUUGGGACUCCCUCCCAGCCGGCGGCAAGUACCCCUUCUACUGGCCUGUUCUCGCUCACGACCCAAGCUCCAACGACACAGACCCCAGGAUUCAGCUUUGGAACCACAACUCCUGCUACGGGAGGAACUGGAUUCUCCUUAGGAAUCAGCGCGCCGAAGCUCAAUGUGAGCAGUGCGACGGCCACCCCAGCCGCGGCACACGCUGGCGGCUUUGGGCUGGGCAGCGGCACCCUCACCAAUGCCAUCUCGAGCGCUGUCACCUCCAGCCAGAGCACAGCCCCCACCGGCUUCGUGUUUGGCUCCACCACCACCUCUGCUGCUCCGUCCACCACUCCGGGGGGAUUCUCCUUCACAGGGGGAAGCACAUCCCAGACCGGGACCUCAGGUUUCAAUAUCGGCUCCUUGGGGACUUCGGCCCAGCCCACGGCGCUUGCCGGCUUGCCCUUCACGGCCGCCCCUCCAGCUGCCAGCGGAGCGGGAGCCACACAGCCGGCCGCUCCUGCCCCCACUGCUGCCACCACCAGUGCUGGCCCCACGCUGUUCUCCUCGCUGGCCACCGCUCCGACCUCAUCUGCCGCCACGGGGCUUUCCCUUUGUCCCCCUUCAACCACGGCCGGAACUCCCGGGGCCGGAACGCUGGGCUUCAGCUUAAAGGCCCCUGGAGCAGCUUCUACUGCCUCCACAACAGCAUCCGCCACCCCCGCCACUGCCACCGCCGCCGCCACCACCACAACCACCACCACCACUGGCUUCGCCUUGAAUCUGAAGCCACUGGCACCAGCUGGGAUCGCCAGCAACGCACCAGCUGCCGGGACCGCGCCGCCGGGCCCCAGCGCCGGCACUGGGGCGUCCGCCAGCCCUGUGAUGACCUACGCCCAGCUGGAGAGUCUGAUCAACAAGUGGAGUCUGGAGCUGGAGGACCAGGAGCGGCACUUCCUGCAGCAGGCCACCCAGGUCAACGCCUGGGACCGCACACUGAUCGAGAACGGGGAGAAGAUCACCACCCUGCACCGCGAGGUGGAGAAGGUGAAGCUGGACCAGAAGAGGCUGGACCAAGAGCUCGACUUCAUCCUGUCUCAGCAGAAGGAGCUGGAAGACCUGCUGAGCCCUCUGGAGGAGUCGGUCAAGGAGCAGAGCGGCACCGUGUACCUGCAGCACGCUGACGAGGAGCGCGAGAGGACCUACAAGCUGGCGGAGAACAUCGACGCCCAGCUGAAGCGCAUGGCCCAGGACCUCAAGGACAUCAUCGAGCACCUGAACACGUCCGGGGGUCCGGCCGACACCAGCGACCCGCUGCAGCAGAUCUGCAAGAUCCUCAACGCGCACAUGGACUCGCUGCAGUGGGUCGACCAGAACUCGGCCCUGCUGCAGAGGAAGGUGGAGGAGGUGACCAAGGUGUGCGAGGGGCGUCGCAAGGAGCAGGAGCGCAGUUUCCGGAUCACAUUCGACUGACGUGCCAGCCGCCUCCGGGGCCCGUGCGCUCCCAGGGCGUUGGGGGGCAGCGGGGGCACGCAGUUAUUGUCUAGCGUUUGGUUGCAGUGAAUACCUGUUUGUUCCUUUCUUUCAUGUGACCGUGCCGUUGAGAACAGUUCUGUGGUUUGCUUCGCAUUAGUGAAAACGCCAAGUAUUCUAAGCGCUCUAGUCUGGGCAGCAGCCUCGUGGGCGUGGUUUCU